UUUGUCAUCGCUCAGCGCUCUGACAUCCCUCCAUCUGUCUCCAUGUGACAGGAGAACGGAGCUCUGGGAGCAUUUCUCCUCGUUCAGGUGAUGUAUAUGCAGAAGAAAACAGGAUGUUGUUAGUUUCAUAAAGCCGCCAAGAUUAGCUUCACUACGAGAUUGAAUCCAUUAAAGAUGUCGACUGAGGAUUCAGCCGCUAACUGCUCCACUCUUACUACAGGUAGAAAUUAAAGGGACAGUUCCUCUUCCUCUGGAUAAUUUGAUGCACUCGGUCAGUGUAUUCUCACGUGAGAUGCCGGUCAGCAAAGCACCUUCAUUGAGAAACCGGUUGGAAUCCCGGCACAGAGCCAGGCGGUACACCGCUGCAGAAUCAGAUUCACAUAAAUUGUACUAAUUUUGGUCAAUUGAAGAAACUACCACCCAAAUACCAACGGUUUGCAAGACUUAGACAUUUGUCAGUGCUUUUCUUUUCCAUCAGAAAGAAAAAAACUAAAGAUACUGAUUUCAGUACGUAGACUUGUUUUUUUGUUUUUUUAUAGCCUACCACUGCGAUAAACACAUUUAAAAACCAGCUGUAUGUAACUAACCCUCCACAGAUGGGAUGUGAUUGCUUUAAUUGUUGUACGAGCUGAUUGACCGCAGAUAUCCUCGACUUGAUGCAAAGUAAAGUGAGCAUGUGGAAACACGCUAAGCUAUUAUUUAGAGUCAAAGAGACCAGAAAGCAGCAGAGGAUUCAUGCAGAGGAAACAGUUCCAAAAACAGAUUCAUUUAACCAGUUAUUUCGAUCUCUCCUCUUCUUUAUGUCGAUCAAAUUUAUUGUUGUCUAAAAUAAAAAUCAGAGGGGUGUGGUGAUCUUUUGACUGCUUAUCCUUCACAGAUUACACUUUCAACAUUCCCUUCACUGUGUGAACCUGCAGUCAGGGAUCAGCGCUCGAUCCCCACCAUCGUUAGUGAGAUCGAACAAAAGAAAAGACGGAUAUUCACAUCUCAGUUAUUGCACCUCUCAGACAAGAGUUAUCCUACAUAAACAUGCAUGAUGCUACUUUUAACACAUGAGGAGUUAGUCCUGACACAGAUAGUGUGCAUGGCAACCAAGGCUGCAAGAGAGAGAGAGUGAAACAGAGAGAGAGAGAGAGAGAGAGAGAGUAGGCAGAGUGGGGUGAGGUGAAGAAAACUCAUAACAGGCAGAGAUGGAAAAUGAGAAAAGGCAGAAAAAGAGGAAAAUUGGGUUAGCAGUGUCCCGGGUGAGAGACAUCCACGCAGACAGAGGAGAGAGAGGAGAGAGAGAGAGGAGGAGAGAGAGAGAGAGAGAGGAGGAGAGAGAGAGAGCUUGGCGGUGCUUUACUCCUCGCUCUCUGUCUCUUUGGUGUCAGUUGCUUUAGCGACUCAGCGGCAGCAGCAUGGAGCUGGAGCCUCAGAGAUUCAUGGAGAAAUGUAUGAGCUCCAUGCAGAGUGGGACCCAGAUGGUGAAGCUGCGCGGCGGCUCCAAGGGACUGGUGCGCUUCUUCUUCCUGGACGAACACAAGUCGUGCAUCCGCUGGAGGCCCUCGCGCAAGAAUGAGAAGGCCAAGAUCUCCAUCGACUCGAUCCGUGAGGUGUGUGAGGGGAAGCAGUCUGAGAUCUUCCAACGGUACGCCGAGGGAAGCUUUGACCCAAACUGCUGCUUCAGUCUGUACUAUGGGGAGCACAUGGAGUCCCUGGACCUGGUGUCCGGCACAGGAGAGGAGGCGCGCACCUGGAUCACCGGACUCAAAUACCUGAUGGCUGGAAUCAGUGAUGAAGACAGCCUGGCUAAGAGACAGAGGACCAGAGAUCAGUGGCUGAAGCAGACCUUCACCGAGGCCGAUAAGAAUGGAGACGGCAGCUUAAGCAUCGGCGAGGUCCUGCAGCUGCUGCACAAACUCAACGUCAACCUGCCAAGACAGAAGGUCAAGCAGAUGUUCAAGGAGGCCGACACAGAUGACAACCAGGGCACAUUGGGUUUCGAGGAGUUCUGCUCCUUCUACAAGAUGAUGUCGACCCGCAGAGACCUGUACCUCCUCAUGCUCACCUACAGCAACCACAAAGACCACCUGGACGUCGACGACCUGGUGCGCUUCAUGGAGACGGAGCAGAAGAUGACCAAAGUGUCCAAGGAGCACUGCCUGGAGAUCAUCAACAAGUUUGAGCCGUGCUCAGAAAACCAGAAGCAAGGGGUUCUGGGAAUCGACGGUUUAACAAACUACACGCGCAGCCCUGAAGGAGACAUCUUCAACCCGGCCCACUACGAGGUGAACCAGGACAUGAACCAGCCGCUGUGCAACUACUUCAUCGCCUCCUCGCACAACACCUACCUGAUGGGAGACCAGCUGAUGUCUCAGUCCAGGGUGGACAUGUACGCCUGGGUGCUGCAGGCCGGCUGUCGCUGUGUGGAAGUGGACUGCUGGGACGGUCAGGACGGCGAGCCCAUUGUCCACCACGGCUACACCCUCACCUCCAAGAUCCUCUUCAAAGACGUCAUCGAGACCAUCAACAAGUACGCCUUCGUCAAGAACGACUACCCCGUCAUCCUGUCCAUCGAGAACCACUGCAGUGUUCCUCAGCAGAAGAAGAUGGCGCAGUACCUGAUUGAGAUCCUCGGGGACAAACUGGACGUGUCCAACAUCAAAGCUGAAGAGUCCGGACGGCUGCCGUCACCAGAUUUACUCAAGGGCAAGAUCCUGGUCAAGGGGAAGAAACUUCCUCCAAACAUUGACGAGGAUGCGGAGGAGGGAGACGUGUCUGACGAGGACAGCGCUGACGAGAUGGAGGACGACUGCAAGCUGAUGAACGGAGAUUGGAAGACAUCGGCCAACAGGAAGCAGGUGGAGAACAUGGCCAAGAAGAAGCUAGACAACCUGAUGAAGGAGUCCAAAAUACGAGACCGAGAAGAUCCCGACAGUUUCACCAUUGCAGCUCUUCCUCCUGCGGGGAAGGCGACGGACAAAACCAGCUCCAAGGGUAAAAGUGAGGACGGGACGGACACAGCGGACGAGUCUAAUCCCAGCUGCAACAAGCGGACAGGACGCUCCUUCAUCGGGAGCUUCUCCAAACGCAAGAAAAAGACAACAAAGCUGAAAAAGACGUCGAGCUUUGAGGACACAGAUACGGACCAAGAGAGCACGAGUAGUGCCUCCAGAGCUCCUUUACACCACAGCAAGAAGAAGAAGACCAUGAAGUUGUCGAGAGCUCUGUCCGAUCUGGUCAAGUACACGUGCUCUGUGGGUCUGUAUGACAUCGAGGCACAAGCGAACUGCAGCUGGCAGGUGUCGUCUCUCAGUGAGACUAAAGCCCACCAGGUGAUGCAGCAGAAAGCCACGUCCUUCAUCCAGUUCAACCAGAAGCAGCUCUCCCGUAUCUACCCUUCCUCCUACCGCGUCGACUCCUCCAACUUCAACCCCCAGCCCUUCUGGAGCGCCGGCUGCCAGCUCGUGGCGCUAAACUACCAGUCAGAGGGCCGCGUCCUGCAGCUCAACAGAGCCAAGUUCUACAGCAACGGCAACUGUGGCUACAUCCUCAAGCCCGCCUGCAUGUGUGAAGGUGCCUUUAACCCGAGCCUGGAGGACCCUCUGCCGGGUCAGAUGAAGAAACAGCUGGUGUUAAAGAUCAUCAGCGGACAACAGCUGCCCAAACCCAAAGACUCCAUGCUGGGAGACAGAGGAGAGAUUAUUGAUCCCUUCGUGGAGGUGGAGGUCAUCGGGCUCCCCAUUGACUGCUGCAAGGAGCAGACCAGAGUGGUGGAUGAUAACGGGUUCAACCCGAUGUGGGAGGAGACUCUGGUGUUCACGGUCCACAUGCCGGAGCUCGCCCUGGUGCGUUUCCUCGUGUGGGAUCACGACCCCAUCGGCCAGGACUUCAUCGGCCAGCGCACAAUCGCCUUCAACAGCAUGAUGCCAGGUUAUCGCCAUGUUUAUUUGGAAGGUAUGGAGGAGGCUUCAAUCUUUGUUCAUGUAGCUGUGAAUGACAUCACUGGUAAGGCCAGAGCGGUCAGCGGCAUAAAAGGGCUGUUUCACAGAAACCCAAAGCAGGCUUCCCUAGACAGCCAUGCUGCUGCACAGCACAGCCGUAAGCACCCGUUCGGCGCCCACCUCCUGCGCCGCACUGCCAGUGCACCCACCAAAGGCCAGCCCAAAAUCAAGAAGGGCUUCCCAGAAAUCGACACCAAAGACUACAGCUCAGAGGGCGCGAGUGAGGAGCGAGAGUCUGAGGACCGGGACAAGGCCUCUGCUGCCGCCUCUCACCAGACCACAACACCACAACACCGCAGCAGGGACUCGCUGGCAUCGCAUCAAGCCAAGGGCCCCUGGGACCGUCCUGACACCAAUGGGGCUUUUCACCCUGAGGAGGGUAAAGACGAAAGAAGUGACUCUUCCUCAGUGCAGGAACCAGCUCCCUCUCCUCCAUUUCUUGCACUAAACUCUGAAGAGGCCAGAAAGCCACGAUUCAUCCGCUCUGUCUCCACUCCAGAAGAAAGCUUGUCUCCCCAUCACUCCUCAUCUUCACCACCGUCCUCGUCAUCCUCAGCAAUAAAAUCAGACUCCCCGUUGGCCCUCCCUUCCAACGGGGUGGCAGACAAGGUGAUCAGAGACUUUAAGGAACCGUCUAUCCUUUCUAGAACAACAGAUUCCCCCCUCAAGAACCCCACCGAGAAAACUGUUCCAUCACAGUGCAGUCAAGAAGCCCAGGCCAACAGAAGCCCCCCCUCACUGAUGGAGCACACCCAAAACCAGAGCGAGGACCGAGAAGCUCUGACAGAGAAGAAAAAUGAUCCAGCAGAGUUAAAGUCCAGCAGCAGAACAGAGCCUCCGGCUGCAGCAGCAAAGACAGCCCAGGCCAGGAGAGCGCUUUUCAGCAACCUGCCAACACACAUACCAGUAAGAAGAACAAAGAGCGAGGGUCAAGUUCUGGUCGCUGUAGCAUCAGACCAUCAGGUCCAGUCAGCAGUACCAGAGGUCUGCAUGGACGCUACCAUGAACGACCGCCUGUGGAGCAAGUUAGAGCCGGACAGCCACAGAGACAGCAUGUCCUCGUCCUCCAGUAUCUCCUCCAGUGACACAGUCAUCGACCUGUCCCUGCCUAACCUGGCCAGGAAGAGCCUGCCCGCCGCCGCCAGCGGCGCCUUCGACCCCCCCUGGGUCAACUGUCGUCACUCAGCGUUGGUCUCCUACGACACCCUGCGAGUCAGCAAGAGCAAGUCCAACCCCAACCUUCAACAAAGUGAGUGUGAUGAGGAUGAGCUGAAGCCCCGCCCCCUGCAGCCCCCGCAGGAGGCUUCUUUGGACUCCCCCGGGAGACUGACUCAGAGGAGGCACACCUGGAGCCGGCUCUACAUGGAGGGGCUGAAGCAGUCAGCGUCCAGCAGACCGUCCACCGCAGCAGCUGCAGUUCAAACAUCUGCAGCCUCCAUGUCCAAGAGCCUCGGUGACCUGACCUCCGACGACAUCUCCUGUAACUUUGACAGCAAGUACCGCAGCAUCAGCCGCAGCUUCAUCGUCAGGCCCGCCAGAGACCAGCUCCGCAGGGGCAGCCCGCGGAAACCACGGCCGCCCAGCGACCUCACAGAACAACUACGGCGGCUGACCGAUGUGGAGCCCUUGACGGCCAGCGACUUCAACAAAACCCGAGCUGCAGAGCCCCAGGAGGAGCCGGAGGAGGAGACCCUGGUGAGGAGGACUUCCUCCAGGAGCCAGAGCCGGGUGCGCUACAUCGCCAACAGGGCUAAGAAGGCCCAGGAGAGGCAGAGGCUCCAGGGCCUGGUCCAGGGCAGGAGUGCUAGCUUUAGCCUCUCUGGUAGUGGGAGUGUUGGCAGCCCCAUCGAGGAGCGGGGGAACCCUGAAGGGGCGUGCUGCGUGGCCCGGAGUCCCUGCAGCAGCCAGGACCUGCUGAGUCAGCUCGCCCCCCACGACGCCCCCUCCCCGAGACAGUCCCAUUCCUCCCCAGACCCUGAAAACAGUGAAGUCUUUUUCAUGCUCAAACUCUAAGAACUGGCUGACUUGGAACUGAGCGUGAGAGACACAGCGAGAAACUUGUUUUGGAAUACAGUCACAUGUUUUUUUUUUCUUUUUUUAGAAAAUGUUGCAAAUCCAGCAGAAAAUCUCUGAGAACUGGUUCUAACAGCCGAGUGUUUCCACAUCGUCACAUCCCUUCUUUUUUAACCUGAGCACUCCUGAAGCUCCGUUAUCUGUCUGCACAUAACCUUAGAUAACUGCCAGAAUGUAUUUAGUCGACCCUGGAGCUUUUAAAUAGAUGUUUACGUUGACUCUCCUUCACUCUCAUGUCAAAGUCUUUUUUUUUUUUUACUUGACUUGAGCACACGGUAGCAUCGAUCGCAACUUAGAGAGCACGAUUUUAAAUGACCCAUUUCUUUUUUUAAAUUCUUUUAUCUGAGUUAUAACAAUGAGAUGCUUUAUAAUCAGCGGAUCCAUCCACGAGCAAUACUUUGAAAAAGAUGGCAUGCGAUCACAUCAACCAUAAUGUACAGUUUGUUGCUUCAAGCUACGGCUUCUCGUGUCCUCGCUGAAGAAUUAAAAAGGAAUAUUUCCACAUGCAGGACAAAAGAUCCUCAUUCUUAGUACUCCAUGUGUAGUGUUUAUGUUGUAAUUGGACCAAACUGCCAACAUUCUGCUCUGUGGCAUGUCACAGCACUGAGCUCCUCUUCAUGCUGACUUUAGUCUUUUUUAGUCCACUGCAUGUCUAUGAUGCACUGUAAUGUUUGUCCUGACGCUGUGCUUUGUUACUAAAAAACUUUUUACAUGAUUUGUUAAUAGUCCAAACUUCUGAUGAUCACGUCUGAAACUCCGUGUUCUCAUUGGUCCGUGGUACAAACACAAGAUGGAGAUGAUCCGUACCGAAGCACGUUUACUCGUCGGCCUGCUGUCAUGUUUGCACUGCCAUGCCAGUUUGUUUGUGCAACAUUUUUUGGGGGCAAUAUUUAAUUCAAACUGUGUAAUUAUGACCUGAAUAAAUCUCAAAUGAAUAUUA